AUGACUUCUUUAUAUAGCAUCAAAGGAAUUGCUAUACUGGAUCAGGACGGUAAUCGUAUCCUUGCCAAGUAUUAUGAUGAUAAAGUAUUCCCGAGUACAAAAGAGCAGAAGGCAUUCGAGAAAAGCCUGUUCCAGAAAACGUGCAAAGCAAAUGCCGAAAUAAUUUUAUUAGAUGGAAUGAUCUGUGUGUAUCGGAGCAACGUUGACCUAUUUUUUUACGUAAUGGGUGAUGCAGAUGAGAAUGAAUUGAUCCUUGUCUCAGCCCUCAACUGUCUGUACGAUUCAGUCUCACUGGUACUGCGAAAAAAUGUGGAGAAGAAAGCACUUAUCGAUGAUAUGGAUAUUGCUAUGUUGAUCAUUGAUGAAAUUUGUGAUAAUGGUGUUUUGAUGGAAACAGAACCACAGGCUGUUGUAAGUCGUUGUGCUUUACGAGCUGAUGAACUAACAUUUGGUGAUCAAAGCAUCUCACAAGUGGGAAUGUCGUUAAUUGGUUCGGCAAAGGAGCAGUUGAAGUGGUCUCUUUUGAAGUAA